GCUCCUCCCACCCCGUCCCACUCGCAACCCCUGCCAGCCAACCUCAACUCGUCAGCUGAGUGAGGUGACAGUCAGGCGCCGCAGCUCACGGAAGAAGGACUGAGUGCCGCGGCUCUUUGGGCAGGACUGACUGACUGGGGCCUCUGCUAGCGAUCGUGAAGGAUGGUGGUGAAGAACGUGUGCUGCAUUGGUGCAGGCUACGUGGGCGGCCCCACCUGCAGUGUCAUAGCCUGGAAGUGCCCUGACAUCCGGGUCCAUGUUGUUGACAAGUCUGAGAUGAGAAUCAAACAGUGGAACUCUGAUAAACUUCCCAUAUAUGAGCCUGGCCUGGAGGAUGUGGUCCGUGAGUGCCGAGGAAGGAAUCUCUUCUUCUCCAACAACAUUGAAACUGCCAUCAAGGACGCAGACCUCAUCUUCAUUUCCGUGAACACACCCACUAAGACCUAUGGCAUUGGGAAGGGUCGCGCAGCAGAUCUGAAGCACAUAGAGAUGUGUGCGCGGAAGAUAGCAGAAGUUGCUGAGGGGGACAAGAUUGUGGUGGAGAAGUCAACAGUUCCAGUGAGAGCGGCAGAAUCCAUCACACACAUCCUGUCUGCCAACACUAAGCCAGGGGUCUCAUUCCAGAUCCUGUCUAACCCUGAGUUCCUGGCUGAGGGCACUGCCAUUGAGAACCUGCUGAAUCCUGACAGGGUGCUGAUUGGUGGGGAGGAGUCUGAGGCAGGGGCAGCAGCCGUGGCAGAGCUCACCUGGAUCUACAACCACUGGGUGCCCUCCGAGAAGAUCAUCACCCUGAGCACCUGGUCAUCCGAACUGUCCAAACUGGCCUCGAAUGCUUUCCUUGCCCAACGCGUGUCCAGCAUCAAUGCCAUCUCAGCACUGUGUGAGGCAACGGGUGCUGAUGUGACACAGGUGGCAUCAGCUGUGGGCCAGGACUCCAGAAUUGGAUCAAAGUUUUUGACAGCAUCAGUAGGAUUUGGUGGGAGCUGUUUCCAAAAGGACCUGCUUAACUUGGUAUACAUUGCUGAAUGUGUCAACCUGCCGGAGGUGGCUAUGUAUUGGCAGCAGGUCACUGACAUGAAUGUGUACCAACGCACCAGGUUUGCCAAGCGCAUUGUUGAGUGCCUCUUCAACACAGUCACUGACAAAACAUUGGCUGUUUUUGGCUUUGCUUUCAAGAAGAACACUGGAGACACUCGAGAGAGUCCAGCCAUAUAUGUGUGUUCCCACCUGCUGGAGGAAGGAGCCAGACUCAAUAUCUAUGAUCCAAAGGUUGAGAGGAGCCAAAUAGAGUAUGAUCUGACCAGUGCAGCGGUGACCAAUGAGCCUGAACGCAUCAAGAAGCUAGUGCAAAUCUUUGAUGACCCCUAUGAGGUGGUCAAGGAUGCUCAUGCCAUUGUGGUGCUCACUGAGUGGGAUGAGUUUAAGACCUAUGAUUUCAAGAAGAUGCAUGAGGUGAUGAAGAAGCCUGCCUUUGUGUUUGAUGGCCGCAAGAUCCUGGACCACGAAGCUCUCAUCAAGCUUGGCUUCCACACUGAAACCAUUGGCAAGAGGUUCACCCGCAACUGCCUCCUAAGAUCCUCUGGUGAACACUACCCAGCCUUUUCCUGGACGCCAUAGCUGCCAGCUCCUGUCUCGCACCACCAGGAGCACCUCAGCACCUGUGCCUCAGUGUGUCAGAAGCACCUCAUGAGCAAGAAACGUUUCUAGAGAAUUGGGUCCAAACAGAUACUUAAAAGUUUGUAAGUGUAAGGAGUCAAAAGGCUCCCUGAUCUUAUCUAGGGCUUGCCUUAACUCACAGCCAGUGAUGCAAGGACAUACUUUCUCAACACAUUUUACUCAUUGUGUGUAUCUCCUUAUCUACUUAUAUAUAUAUAUCUACUUAUAUAUAUAUAUAUAUAUAUAUAUAUAUAUAUAUAUAUAUAUAUAUAUAUAUAUAUAUAUAUAUAUAUAUAUAUAUAUAUAUAUAUAUAUAUAUAUAUAUAUAUAUAUAAACCAGGCUGACAUCCUUACAAGGGAGUAAGCAAGACAAGACCAUAUUCUGAAGCACUUUUGCACUGCAUCUCCUCUACUUUCAAAAUGCUUUAGUUUAAGUGGCACUGGUUCUUAAGUUUGUUUUAACAGUUUCAGUGACAGAUUAACAAGAUUACAGUAUUAACAGGAGGAAUACUCUUGAGAACCUGGGUAAUCAUUUCUGUGGCCUUUGAAAAUAGCUGUGUAGAGACAGCAAAGAGUUUCAAAAUAUGAGCCAAAGUGCACAUUCCCACACAUCCUCACACAUUCCUCAAUAAAAUGCCAUCCUUAGCCCCUGGGGUCUGUACGGGCAGGGAAGACAGGCCCACCACCACCCCUCCACCCCUGUGCUUGGGUCAGUGCUCAGCUCAAGUAGGCCUGGAUCUGCACAAAAUAAUAAAUUGUUAUUAAAA